AUGUCCUUCAAACCACCAUAUCGGUAUAUGACUGCCUCUUCUCUCUCUUCCAUACUCAAAGCAUCGCCUGCCACUUCCAAUGUGCCGCGCAAGAACAUAGCAAUUGUGGACGUACGGGACGAUGACUUUGAAGGCGGGAACAUCGUGGGGUGCAUCAAUGUGCCCUCGACACAGAUGAGCGACGAGAGGGUCAAGGAACUAGUCAAGGACCUUAGAGAUGUCCCAACCGUCGUUUUCCACUGCUCCCUCUCGCAGCAACGUGGCCCAAAAGCCGCACGCAUCUACUCCGAAGCCCGUCAAGCAGCACUCGCAUCGAGCCAAGUUUCUCCUAUGACCAGUAAGCAGAGCACUGCUGGCGAUGAGCAGAGUGGACAGGAGAUCUACGUUCUGCGGGAUGGGUUUGCCAAUUUUGGGCAGGUGUACAAGGGCGAUGCCACAUUAGUGGAGAAGUAUGAUGAGGAGGCAUGGGCUUGGCGGUGA